AAAUUUCACAGAACUGUCUCUUUAAGCGACCUGCAGUAGGAAACUGUCCAAAUGUCUUCACGGCUCACGGAAAUCACACAUUCAGGCUGCAUCUCCUCGAGCUACGAUCACUAAGGGUUUAGACCAGAUACAGUCAUCAGAAGAAAUUUCUGCUCUCCGCUGCAGCGCAGAAGGGAGGACAGAGAGGCUGCUGAUGCUGAGUGUUAUACUCUUCUUCCAAUGCGGCAUCAUGAUAGGGCUACGGGACAUCAGGAGAUGUGACUUUGCUUAGGAAACUCAAACCUGGCUCACGACUACACACGAUUUUUACUCAUUUGGAGGAUUUAAGCUGGAGGACUAAUAUCGUGGAAGUCGGGCAGCUGUGAAAUGUGUGAACUCUUUGACAGUGGGACGGAAAACGGCGCGCAGAGGACAGAAACAACCCUUCUCCUGCUGCACUAUCCCUGUGCUCGGUGGAGAAGAUAGUCCGAUGAAAGUGCCUGUGCUGGGACUCAAAGCAGCAACGACAUGGACAGCUGUCCAGACCUCUGGUUGCCAUGGGUGAAAGUUCAUCACGAGUGCAUUGGCCUAAGGUCCUACCAGGUGUCCCCCUUCACAUCUGUCCAUGAUGUCAAACAGCUGCUUUACGAGGAGACUAACCUCCCCAUCAAAGAGCAACGCCUGCUUCACAACAGGAGGAUGCUGGAUGACAGUGUGAAGAUUGGCAACUUGGUGGCUUCUGGGAGUCCUGAAGUGUCCUUCACUCUGGAGGGAAGAGGCCUAAAAGGAGGAGGGAGGUUUGGACAGACUACGCCUCCACUGGUGGAGUUUUUAAAGGAUAUCCUGAGAAGAUAUCCUGAAGGUGGACAGAUUCUGAAAGAGCUGAUCCAAAAUGCAGAGGAUGCUGGAGCCACAGAAGUCAAGUUUCUGUACGAUGAGACAGAAUACGGCGUGGAGUCCCUGUGGUCACCUGACAUGGCUCAGCAUCAAGGAACAGCCUUGUAUGUCUACAACGAUGCUGUGUUCACUGUGGAGGACUGGAAUGGGAUCCAGGAGAUUGCGAGGAGCAGGAAGAGAGAUGAUCCACUGAAAGUUGGACGGUUUGGGAUUGGCUUCAACUCUGUAUACCACAUUACAGAUGUUCCCAGCAUAUUUAGUGGAGACCAGAUUGCCAUGCUUGACCCCCAUCAGACCCUGUUUGGGGUGAAUGAGUCUGGGCAGUGUUGGAAUUUGAAGGUGGACAGUAAGGAGAUCACAGAACUAGCCGACCAGUUUGCACCUCACCUCGGGAUGUUUGGGAGUUGUGAGAAAACUCUAAAGGAUGGCAGCUUUCCAGGAACCCUGUUCCGCUUCCCCCUUCGUGUAAAACCCUCCCAGCUCAGCAGCAACAUUUACAACAAGGAGAAGGUUUUAGAACUCUUUGAGUCUUUUAAGGCUGACGCAGACACAGUGCUGCUGUUUCUGAAAAGUGUUCAGAAGAUCUCGUUACAUGUGCGAGAGUCUGACGGUACUGAACGCAUGUUGUUUCAGAUUACAGCAACAGAGAAUACCGAUGAUAAGCUUGAAAGGCCACAUGCACUCAAGACAUUGGGUCGUGCUGUGGACAGCUACAGCAAUGGAGUUCCCAGUUCCACCAUCACAUGCGUCACUUACCAGGUCAGCAUAGAGACUCUGGAUGAAACUGCUAAAGAGACUCAGAGAAUGACGUGGCUGGUUUGUAACGGAGUUGGGGGAAGAGGGAUGUGUGCUGAGUUGGACUCUCUUGCAGACGAUUUGAAGUUCAUGCCUAUAAUCGGGAUUGCUUUGCCUCUUACUGUGGUCGACAAAGAGGACAAAGGAGCCACGUCGGGUUUCUCAGGACGGGCUUUUUGUUUCCUACCUCUUCCACCAGGGGAAGAGAGUGAGACUGGGCUUCCAGUUCAUGUCAGCGGUUUCUUUGGCCUCACGGACAAUCGUAGGAGUAUCAAGUGGAGGGAAGUGGACCAGUGGAGGGAUCCAGCUGCCUUGUGGAAUGAGCUGCUGAUAAUCACUGUCAUCCCUAGGGCUUAUUUUGUUCUCAUAAUGGAAGCUAUAACUAGGGUACAGACAAAAAAGGACCAAGACUUCCCUUUGACCCCCACAGAGACUUAUAGGGCAUGGCCAGACCCGAAGCAGGUCAAGUCUCGCUGGACUCCCAUUCUGCAACCACUCUUUCAAGAAUUACUGCAGCAGCCAGUCAUCUAUUCCCUCAGUGAGAGCUGGAUUGGAGUCAGCCAGGUUGUGUUUUCAGAGCUGGACUCGGACAACGACAUUUCAGAGACGGUGAUCAACUACCUCCAAAGCUCAGAAAUGCAGGUGGCGAAGGUGCCGGCUGCAGUGGACUCUGUCCUGGCUGCCUACAUGGUAAAGUCAACAGACGUGAAGAAAGUAACGCCAUCCCUGCUGCGGCAGACAAUCCGAAAGUCCAAACCCAAAGGCUCCUCGCUGGAGAAACUGAUGCUGCUGGAGUUUGUGCUCAGUGAUGCCAAUUACAGCGAUCUCAUAGGACUUGAGCUGCUGCCGCUGCAAGAUGAGACCUUUACAACGUUUUCUUCCUCUGUCAGUGAAAAGGAUGCUGUUUACAUCGCAUCUGAAGAGUACCCCAGAUCUCUGUACCCAGGACUCGAGCAUCGGUUCAUACAGGAGAACAUAAAGCCCUCGGUGAUGGAGAGUUUGAAGAAAGCUGCUAAAAGCAGAGUGCAACAGUUUCUUUGGGGAUGCUCAGGACGACCCUGCACUCAGCUGCAAGUGUUGAACGCUGAACGAUCAGCUCGACUCAUCAAGGAGAUCCUGUCCACAGCCUGGCCAACAAGAGACUUCAGCGUUGAGUGGGAACCAGGAAACCGAGAGCAGAAGCAUCCUACAGUUUCCUGGUUAAGGAUUGUUUGGAAGCAACUUUACAUCAACUUUGCAGAUGACCUUAAUACCUUUGAAGACAUGCCUUUGAUUCCACUUGUGCCACUUAAAGAAAGCACGGACACAACUAAACUUCUUCGUCUCAAAACCCCCUCGCCCAUAAUUCACAUGGAUGAUGAAGAGGCACCAUUUCCUGAAAACCUUCUUGGCAUUGUGGAAAAACUUGGAGGAGUCGUGAUAAAAAAGCUGGAUUUGUGUUUGCAGCACCCUUUGCUCAAGAAUUACAUCCACCCAUGCUCUCCUGGUAUGCUUCUGCAGAUCAUGAACAGACUUUCAACACAAAAAUUAUCCAGCACAGUCGCUUCUUUCUCAGCGGCAGAAAAGACUGUGCUCAGACACUUUCUCGCAGGCCUCUCUGACAUCACAGAGAGGGAAAAGCAUACCCUACUCGAUCUCUCUAUCUUUGAGAAAGUAGGAGCCUGCUCUGAAGGUACCUCAUCGUUCACAUCACUGAGGGGCGCAAGAGCUUUGCAUCACAGAGCCAAGUACCCACCAGAUGUAAAACUGUCAGAAAAUCUUGCGGCUUGCUGUGAUGAAGAAUCUAUUCGUCUCAUCAAAAUGGUUAACGUUGAACAGGUGAAAACAACAGAAUGUUUGAAGAUUAUUAUUCAGGACAUUGAGAGGGAAUUUUACUCAAAAGAUGAAACAACCCAAAUCAUGCUUUGGGCUCUUAAACACCUGUCAUUCUUAAAGAACGAAAAUCCAUCUGUGAUAGGGUGGAUCUCUGCACUUAAAUUCAUCGAGUUGCCUUGUGGAAAGUCUGUAAAAGCCUCAGAUCUUUUUGACCCUGAACUUGAGAUUCUACAGCAUCUUUUUUACAUGGAAGAAGAAAUCAGGUUUCCUACAAGUACAUACAAUACAUCCCCUGAUAUCCUCCAUUCACUUAGACAACUGGGGCUUAGAAAUGAGGUACAGGUCAGUGAAAAGGAUGUGCUCAAAGUGGCAAGAAAGAUAGAUGAGCUGCAAAGCAGCAACGAACCAGAGUGGGACUUAAUAAUCAAAAAAGCAAAGACACUCCUGCAAAUACUUAACAAACAGACCAAGCUGAUAAAAUCAGCAGAUGCUCAGGCAUCACUCUUAAAAGUGAAAUGGGUACCUGUAUGCAAAGAAAGACCCCUGACGUACCCCAAAUCCCUCGCUUGGGUUGGAGACUCUCUCAAUAUCUGUUCUGUCUCUGAGAUGUGUGAAUUAUCCCAUGCAGUGCUCGUGGGUUCUUCAGUGGCACUGGUUGAACACACAUCUGCAGGUAUGAAGAAAGCACUGAAACUCACUAUAGAGCCACAAGUGGAUCAAGUACUGCAGCACCUGAAAGCUGUGAAUGACUGGCAUAAAUCUCAAGCAUUUACCACAGAGGACUGGUAUCAGUUUCAGCAGAUUUUGUUUGAGAUUUAUGGCUUCAUGCAGGCUCAUCUUGAGGAUGCAAGAGAAGCAAUGAAAUCACUUCCUUUUGACUGGGUGUGGACUGGAAAGACAUUCUCAUCACCUGGCCAGACUGUCCUGAAACCCCUCCCUGAUCUAGACUUGCAGCCUUACCUGCACUCUCUGCCCAAGACGAUGAGAAAGUUUCACAAGCUCUUCAAGUUUUGUGGCUCAGUUGAAGAGGUUGUCCCAAACCACGUGUUUGAUGUCAUCACCACAAUUCAAAAAAGAUGUGAAGAAGAGAUGAAUAAGCAGGAAAGCAAGCACAACAUCUUGCUUUUGAUCAACAUCCUAAGAUGGCUGUACAACAAUCAAAUACCAGUGGACACUAAUAUGCACGUGCCAAUUCUUUGUUACAAAGAUCUGAGCAAACUGGUGAUGAAACCUAUUCACGAAUGCACCUACUGUGACAUCAAAGUUGAUGAUUUAAACGACUUACUUGAAGAUGCCUCAGAACCAAUUAUACUGGUUCAUGACGACAUCCCAAUGAAAACGGCAGAAUGGUUGAAAGUACCAUGUUUGAGUACAAGGCUGAUCAACCCAGAGAAUCUUGGCUUUGAACAAUCAGGCCAACAAGAACCUCUGACAGUAAGGAUAAAGAACAUCUUGGAGGAAUAUCCAUCAGUAGCAGACAUUUUUAAAGAGCUCCUCCAGAAUGCUGAUGAUGCCAGUGCGAUAGAGUGCAGUUUCCUCAUUGACAUGAGAAAAAACACCGAAAUUCGUGAGAAUCUCCUCGACCCUGGCAUGAUUGUUUGCCAUGGACCUUCCUUGUGGUCUUUCAACAAUUCUACGUUCACAGACACCGACUUUCUGAACAUCACAAGGCUUGGCGGAUCUGUGAAGAGAUGUGAAGCAGACAAAGUUGGCAAGUUUGGCUUGGGUUUCAACUCUGUUUACCACAUUACUGAUAUCCCAAUCAUAAUGAGCAGGGAGUUCAUGAUCAUGUUCGAUCCAAACAUCAAUCACAUCAGCAAACACAUCAGAGACAGGUCCAAUCCAGGGAUCAAGAUUAACUGGAGCAAACAGCAAAAAAGGCUGAGAAAAUUUCCCAAUCAGUUCAGACCUUUCAUUAAUGUUUUCAACUGCCAGCUGCCUUUAACUCAGGACUCACCUUACAAAUACAAUGGUACUCUGUUCAGACUCCCCUUCAGAACAGAGCAGGAGGCAUCAGUGAGUGAGAUUAGUCGUCUGUACUACAAUACCACAGAUAUCUACUCUCUGGUUGACGAGUUUAGCAUAUGUGGACAUCGGUUCAUUCUUUUCACUCAGCAUGUUGGAAGUAUGGUAUUAAAAUACCUGAAAUAUGAGGAACCAAACCCAGCAGGUGCACAGGAUGUUGUCACAAUCAACAAAAGUGUUUGGUCAAGCAAAGCCUCAUACGGACCUCUGAGCAUCCUGAAAUCUGCAGCAAAAGUUAUGAAGAAAGUAGCAAGCACCAAUAAGGUUCCCUCUGACAUACCCAAAUCUGGCUGCAUCAUACGUAUUAUGGUGGAAGAGUUUCAUAAUGUGUUCAAGCACAUUGUUGAUCUCCACUCUCCGCUGUUUCGAGGUUCAGAGGAAGAUCCCAAUCAGUACUUUGAAAUGGCAGCUAAAGGUGUCCAGACAAGAAGACUGACGGAUGAAAUACCCCAGAAGGCAGUUGAGGUCACCAACUGGCUCAUUUGCUCAUGCAUGGACGUGAACGAGGCACUCAAGUUUUCUCUUAGUGACAGUGGAAAAAGACUUGGACUUGUACCUUGUGGAGGGGUUGCUGUUCUUCUCUCCGAGGCAGGUAAUCGCAAAUGGACUGUAAAGACAAGUGCGACUCCAGUUGGAGAAGUAUUUUGUUAUUUGCCCCUCAGAAUCAAAACAGGCUUGCCAGUUCAUAUCAAUGGCUGCUUUGCUGUUACUUCCAACCGCAAAGAGAUCUGGAAGACUGACACCAAAGGACAGUGGAAUUCUGUCUUCAUGAGACAUGUCAUUGUUCAAGCCUACUUAGCAGCACUCACAAUGCUGCGGUCAAUGGCUGAAAACGGAGAACUGAUUGAGUACAGCUACUAUGCAACAUGGCCGGAUCCGAGUCAGGUACACGAUGAUUUUAUUCUGAUCAGCCAGGGCAUCUACCAAGAAAUAGCCAAGGGAGGUGACCGUGAACAUGGAAAGGUUUUCUCUGACGGAAAAUCCUGGGUGUCAAUCAAAUACGUCAGAUUUCUUGAUGACACCUUACUCUGCCGACCAGACAUUGGUCCUGCUGCUUUCAAGAUAUUCCUAAAAUACCUCAAGAAGAGUGGCUCUCAAAACCUCUGUGCUGUUGAACUGCCUGACUGGGUGAAGGAGGGAUUUGAUGAUGCUGGAUGUAAAGGAAAAUUGAUGGAAAACACACUGACAGAGGAGCAGUUCUUUUCAGACGUCUUUUUUCCUCACAUACAGGAAAUUGAUAAAGAGCUUCGAGAUCCCCUGAUGCAUUACGUUUUAAACGAGAAACUGGAAGACUUCGAAUCAAUUCUACGAGUCACCCCUUGUAUCCCUUGUUCUGGCCCCACCAAAGAACUGGUUUUGCCUUCCAAACUCAUUCACCCAGAGGGUAGAGUUGCUAAACUUUACAUCGCUGAUGAUGGAAGAUUUCCUGAAGGGACCUCCAAAGACUAUGUAAACCCUGUGUGUUUAGUGAAGCUAGUGCAACUGGGCAUGGUUAAAGAUGAUCUAUCGUGGGAGGACAUAGUUGAGCGAGCUCAUUCUGUUAUUGACCUCAAUGACUGUGAUCAUACAGCUGCAUGCUUCCGUAGCAGUAUACUACUCAGUCUCAUUGAUGAGAAGCUGAAGAUGAGAGAUGCAGAAGCAGACAGACACUUAGAGACACUACAGGACAUCAAGUUUCUUCCAUUUCUGACAAGACCUGCAGGAUUCUCGUUACCAUGGCAUGGGAACAGCUUUUCCCCAACGACGAUCUUCUCUCCUCGAGAACUCUUCACAACUGAACAUCAGGACACAGUGUGUUUGAUGAAGCCAAUCCUAAAUGAGAAUUCCCCAUCCUUCAAAGGCUGCGGUGCUAUGUCGUUGGCUGUGAAAGAUGGUCUAGGCCUAAUAAGGAAGCCCCCAGUUGAACUUGUCAUCAAUCAACUUAAGAAACUUUCUCAGUCAUUUGAUGGUGUCACUCUAUAUCAGGAAAACAUAACAAAUGCCUGUUACAAGUACCUUCAUGAGGAAAUGCUUCAGGAUGACAAUAUGAAAAUUCAGAUAACUCAAGAACUGGAAGCAUUUAACUCUAUCUUGGUGGAGAACACUUAUGUGAGUCCCUCCAAAGUUGCUUUCCACCUUAAUUUUGAGGCAGCUCCCCAUCUUUACCAGCUCCCAAACAAAUACAGAAACAGCUGCCGUGAGCUCUUUGAAAGUGUUGGUGUUCAGCCUAGCUUCAAAGUUGAGGAUUUCUCAGCAGUUCUUGAGGCGGUGAAGCAAGGGUGCGGACGAAAGAUUCUCACUGAGGAAAACUUCCAAAUGUGUCGCAGAAUCAUUAGUGAAGGAAUAUGGAGCUUAAUACGAGAUAAGAACCAAGAGUUUUGCCAAGCAAAUUAUGGUGGGAUUUUGUUACCAGACUGCAAUCUAAUGCUGCAGCCAUCAAAAUCUCUCUGCUACAAUGACUGCCCUUGGAUCAAAGUCAGAGACUCUUCUGUGAAGUACUGUCAUGGGGACAUUCCAAGAGAAGUUGCUGUAAAAUUAGGAGCAGUCCCAAAACGACACAAAGCAUUGGAGAGAUAUGCUUCGAAUGUCUGCUUUAAUCCUCUUGGCAGUGAGUUUGGACAGAAAGAAAAACUCACAAGCAGAAUUAAAAGCAUCCUCAAUGCCUAUCCAUCAGAGAAAGAAAUGCUUAAAGAGUUGCUUCAAAACGCAGAUGAUGCCAAAGCCACAGAAAUCUACUUUGUAUUUGAUGCAAGAACACACGCCACAGACAGAAUAUUUGAUGACAAAUGGAUUCCAAUGCAGGGCCCCGCCCUCUGUGUAUAUAACAAUCAACCAUUUACAGAGGAUGACAUUCGAGGUAUUCAGAAUCUAGGAAGAGGAACAAAAGAGGCAAAUCCAGGCAAAACUGGCCAAUAUGGGAUAGGAUUUAACUCUGUCUAUCACAUAACUGACUGCCCAUCCUUCAUCUCAAACAAUGACAUUCUCUGCAUCUUUGAUCCACAUGCACAAUAUGCACCUGGAGCUACAUCUGUAAGUCCUGGAAGAAUGUUCAGAGACUUAGAUUCUGACUUUAGAUCCCAAUUUUCAGAUGUUUUGAAUCUAUACCUGGGAGCUCAUUUUAAACUAGAACGCAGCACAAUGUUCAGAUUCCCCAUUCGCUCCAAAGAUAUGGCAAAGACCUCAGAGAUCAGUUCUGUACCAGCGUCUGACAGAAUGGUCCAAAACCUAUUGGAUAAGCUUAAAACAGAUGGUGCAGAGCUACUCAUGUUUCUCAACCACAUGGAGAAAAUAUCAAUCUGUGAGAUUGAUAAUUCAUCUGAUGAACUUAAAGUGCUGUAUUCUGUGACAGCUAAAAUAACAGAUGGCGAUAGACUUAAACGCAAACAGUUUCAUGCCUCUGUUAUUGAUAGCGUUACCAAAAAGAAGCAACUCACUGCUAUCCCAGUCCAACAGAUAACCUACACAAUGGACAUAGAGGACACGGAUGGAAAUUUGACCUCAUGGAUGAUCUGCAACAGAUCUGGAUUCCCUGACAUUGAAAAUGUUUCAAAAAGUGUGAUUUCAGCCCAUAAAAAUGAAGACAUAACUCUGUUUCCACGUGGAGGUGUGGCUGCAUGUGUAAGCCACAACUACAAAAAGCCCCACAGAGCCUUCUGCUUUCUGCCCCUUUCACUGGAGACUGGCUUGCCUUUUCAUGUCAAUGGGCAUUUUGCCCUAGAUUCAGCUAGAAGAAACUUAUGGAGGGAUGACAAUGGAGUAGGAGUGAGGAGUGACUGGAAUAACAAUUUGAUGACAUCACUUAUAGCUCCAGCUUGUGUAGAACUGCUGAUUCAGCUAAAGCGACGAUACUGUCCAGGUCCUGAUCCCACCAUGACUAUAUUACAAGGAACACCUCUUCAUGUUGUGAAAGAUACAUUGCGAAAAUAUUUGUUUUUCUUUCCAGCCAAUCGACUUGACAUACAGCCAGAUUGGUACUGCCUGGUGAAAGCGGUGUAUAACUGUAUCCAUGCUGAUCUAAAGCGUUUGCUUCCCGUUGUCAGAACAGCACAGAUGGACAACUCUGACGUUCACUCUGUUAUUUACAUUUCGUGGGUGAAUACGUCCACUACAAACAAAAGCAGAGCCUUCUUUGAUAAUCUGCUUCAAGAUGAGCUUCAACACGUGAAAAACACAGAAUACAACUUAACAUCCAGGAAAUCUGUGGCUGAAAAUGUCUAUAGGCUGAAAGCCCUUCUUCUUGAUAUUGGUUUCAACCUGAUUCACAGUUGCGAUGAAACAGCAAACCUCUACUUGUGUUUGCAGGAUGCAGGGAUUCCAGUCAGUUAUGUAACACCAAAUGACGUUCGCAACUUUCUUCACACAUUCUCAUCCCCAGACACUUCUUGUCAUGUUGGAAAACUCCCCUGCCGUCUCCAGCAGUCUAACUUUAAGCUAGUUCAUCAUCUAAAGCUUCUAGUUGACUACUGUUUUAAAGACGUAGAAGAGGAGGAGGUCAAAAUAGAGGGUUUGCCUCUCUCGAUAACAAUGGACAACAUGCUUCAUGUGUUCGACUCUAAGAGACCAAAGUUUCUGACAACACACCAUGAACUAAUACCAUCAAGGAAAGAAAUGUUUAUGAACACAUUGUACAUAAAGUACAGCAAGAUGUUGUCGAGAGCAGGUGUUGCAAAGAACUUUGACAUCAGCAGCUUUGGUGACCUGCUAGGGUCAGUUCUACUUAGAGAAUAUCGAACAAAGAUCCCUGUAAAAUGGAAGGAUACCUUCCCAAGUGACUCUUGGCUGAAAAAUGUGUGGAACUUUGUCAGUGAGAAUAUAGCCCUUAAGGAAGAUCAAGUGGACUUAAAACCCAGCUUUGACACAGUACUUGACAUUCUGAAAGACUGGGCUUUGCUACCUGGAAUCAAAUUCAUGGCAAGAGAGAAACUUGUUGUCCCAGAUCAUGACGUGCUUCUUCCUCUAAGCUUGAUGCAUGUAGCCAUAUUUCCACAAGGCCAAAAUGACAAAGUCUUUCACACUCUAAUGAAGGCAGGGUGCAUCCAGCUUGCUGUAAAUAAAAUCUGUAGUAAAGACAACCAAAUGAUGCCUUUACUGGCACAACACACUGCAAACAUUGAAAAUCCAUCAAGCAUUCUCAAAGCCAUGGAGUACAUGAUUCAGACAUCUGCAUUCAAAACAGCAAACCUGACUGAUAAGGACUUUGAAGCUCUUCUGUUGUAUUUUAACUGCAACCUGCCUAGUCUCUCGCAACAAGAUGCACAGAGUCUGAAACUGCUCCCAUGCUUUAAGUCAGUUAGUGGCAAAUACAUCAGCAUUGCAAACUACACAGCAAACUAUGUUCUUGCAAAAAGUAUCCCAACUGUGGACAUAGAAAAAUGGACCCAGACAACCUCUUUUGCAUUUCUUGCUGAUAGUCCACAACUGAAAGAACUGUACACCUUCCUUGGAUGUGUGUCAAUCAAUGACCUAGAAAUGUAUCUUCAUCACCUCCUGCCAAAAUUUGACAGUCUUUCAUAUGAUGCCAAAGCUGAACACGUUGUUUAUUUGAAGGAGAGACUUAUGUCCAUUGAGGAGUCUUGCAAGAUGAAGGAUCAGCUUUAUGAGAAAUUAGAGGGACUAUCGUUUAUUCACGACUCCUCAAACAGACUCAGGUCAGCCAAGUUUUUCUACGAUGAAACAGUGAAGGUGUUUGAAGUUAUGUUACCUGCAAAGUCAUUCAUACCAAGUGACUUUUUUAAGAAAGUAGAGCAAGUGACAAAGCCAAAGAAUGGGACACUGUUGCUGACCUCUUGGAUAAUCUUUCUGAGAAAUAUUGGUCUCAAGCAUGAAGUUUCACAGCAACAAGUUCUUCAGUUUGCAAAAGAGGUCAGCAUCAAAGCCCAAACAGAGAGUUGGACCCAAGAAAAAGUGCAAAUCAUUGUUGAUGUUCUUUUGAACCACAUCUUCAAAGAAAGGACAGACCUGUUCCAGGGAACCUUUCUCAAGGAACUUUCAAUGGUGCCGUUUCUCUGCCCUGAGAGAGCUCCCAAAGAACUUAUCAAGCUUCAUACUCAAUACCAAGAAAUGAGUGGCACACUUCCUCUAAUUCGCUUCAGUGGGUCUCAGGUAAACCCAAAAUUCAAACAGACAGACAUUAUAAAUUUGCUUUGGACAUCUUGUCCAAUCCUACCUGAAAAAGCUACACCUUCAAGCAUAACAGAUCAAGAAGACAUCACCAUGACUGGACAGGAACAGCUUGACCAAGUUCUGAGCAUGCUAGGUGUUAACUUGGAUCCACCACUGGAGAAAGUCAUAAGCAACUGCAGGAACAUCUGCAACAUAUCCAAUCCAGAUGAUGAAAUGGUAAAAACAAGGAACAAAGUUUUAAGAUCCACAUAUGAGUUCCUCAGUGCAGAUAAACGAGAUUUUCGGCACCUACUUCGUGGGGUGGCCUUUGUUAUGGUUGAAGAUGGCUGGAAAUUGCUAAAACCUGAAGAAGUGGUCAUCAAUUUAGAUACUGAAUCUGAUUUCAAGCCAUACUUGUAUAAAUUACCUCUAGAACUUGGCACCUUCCAUCAACUUUUUAAACUUCUUGGCACAGAGGAUGUUGUGUCAACUAAACAAUAUGUUGAAGUGCUGUGGAGAAUUUACAGGAUUUCAGAAGGAAAACAGCUCGACCCAAAUGAAAUGAGAACCGUGAAAAGAGUUGUUUCAGGAUUGUUCAAGUCUCUUCACAAUGAUCCAGUUGAAAUUCACAAAGACCUUGAGAGUCUCAGAGAAUUGAUAUUUUAUCUGCCAAGUCACGAUGGUAGACUAUCAAAAUCCAACACCUUAGUAUUUGAUGAUGCUCCACACUACAAAAGCAGAAUCCAGGGUAAUGUUGGAGUUCAGAUGCUUGUGGACAUGAGCCAAUGUUAUCUGGGCAAAGACCAUGCUUUCCAUACAAAGCUAAUAAUGUUGCUGCCUCAGAAACUAAGACCUAGACUGUUGAGUAGCAUUCUUGAAGAGCAGCUUGAUGAGGAUUCUCCAAAAAUGUGUCAGUUCGGAGCUCUUUGCUCUCUACAAGGCCGCAUUCAACUGCUGCUGUCAUCAGAACAGUUCAUCACAGGCUUGAUCAGAAUAAUGAAACAUGAGAAUGAUAAUGCUUACCUUGUGAAUGAGGAAAAAGCCAUACGUCUGUGUAAAGCACUUUGUGAAGGACUCAAAGUGUCCUGUUUUGAGAAACUCCAAACAACUUUAAGAGUGAAAGGAUCCAGUCCCAUCCCACACAGUCGCAGUGAAACUCUUGCUUUCCUGAAAAGAUAUGGGACAGCUGUGAUUCAUCUCUACAUCCAGCAUUCUGACAACAAAGAUAUCAACUUUCUUCUGGCACUUGCUAUGACACUCAAGUCUGCAACUGACAAUUUGAUUUCUGACACAUCCUAUCUCAUUGCCAUGCUGGGUUGCAAUGACAUCUACAGAAUCACAGAGAAACUCGACAAUCUUGGUGUCAAAUAUGACUCAACGGAACCCUCAAAGCUCGAGCUACCCCUCCCAGGAACCCCAAUACCAGCUGAGAUACACCAUACUCUGCUCAUGGAUCCAAUGAAUGUUUUCUAUCCAGGAGAAUAUGUGGGUUACCUUGUAGACUCAGAAGGAGGAGACAUAUAUGGAUCCUAUCAACCCACAUAUACCUAUGCUAUCAUUGUACAAGAAGUAGAAAGAGAAGAGGAGGAAAACACAAGUUUCCUUGGAAAAUGCUUCCAGAUUGACAUAGGUUACAGUGAAUAUAAAAUUGUCAGUUCCCUUGACUUGUAUAAAUUUUCAAGACAAGAAGAAAGCACCCAUGUCCAAGAUACUGUUCCACCAACUCCUUCAAGCCCAGAAAGCCGAUCCCCAGGUCUACGAAUGUUACCUCCUCUCUUCUCCGGCAAAGAAAACCUCCGACCUCCUCCUCAAAAAUCAUGCCCUAAAAAGCUCAAGCUUCAUGCAUUGCCUGAGAUCCUAAAAGAAGUGACCUUAGUGGUUGAACAAGCUUGGAAGCUUCAAGAGACGGAGAGAAAAAAGAUCAUCCGACGACUUUAUCUCAAGUGGCAUCCAGAUAAAAAUGCAGAGAAUCUGGACGUUGCCACAGAAGUUUUCAAGCACUUGCAAAAUGAGAUCAAUAGAAUGGAGAAACAGACUUUGGCUGAUCAGCAGAAUACUGACAGGACUUCCAGAAGAUCUUUCUCUACAUCAUCAACUCGUUUUCAGUCAGAGAAAUUUUCAUUUCAAAGAUUUUAUUCGUCCUGGAACCAAGAAGCAACUAGUCACAAGUCAGAAAGACAACAGUUCAGGGCACAUUACACAAGCUAUGCAGGUUCAUCGCAUUCACAUCGUUUCUUUGUACCUCCAACUUUUAAAACGGUUGGAAACCCUGUAGAGGCCCGCAGGUGGCUGAGGCAAGCCAGAGCAAACUACUCUGCUGCUCGCAAUGAUCUUCAUAAAAAUGCUAAUGAGUGGGUUUGUUUUAAAUGCUACCUAGCCACAAAACUUGCACUGAUAGCUGCCGACUAUGCCGUGAGAGGAAAGUCUGACAAGGAUGUAAAACCAACUGCACUUGCCCAAAAAGUGGAGGAGUACAAUUCCCAUUUAACAGGCCUUGCCAGUGAUGUUCAGAUCCUCGAAGGAUAUGGUGUAGAUAGUCUGAGAACUCGCUACCCUGACCUCCUGCCAUUUCCGCAGAUUCCCAAUGACAGAUACACAUCAGAGGUGGCAAUGAGAGUGAUGGAGUGUACAGCACGGAUUAUCAUAAAGCUUGAAGCUUUUGUGCAGCAAAAAAUAUGAUGCCAUUUCUAAAUAGGAGUAUGGAUUUAAUAGCUCCUGUGGCUGUGUGCAAUACACAUCACAAAGACAUUGCUGGCAGCUUGUGGUACAUAUGCAGUUUCUAUCUGUGGCGGUGGAGCAGUGGCCCAUGCACACUAGAUAAAUGUAUGGCUUCCAUAACAUGUUGGUCUGCAGACCUACAUAUGCUGUACAUACAGAUGCCUCAGCAAUAUGUUUUUGUUUACCAAAGUCCCCAUACUGACAAUACCUGCUCUGAGUUUGAUUGAGAUAUAUGCUACUUUUUUACUUUAUCUUUAUAUAUAAAAACACAAAAUAGUAUAUUUUCUUGCUAAAAACAAACAAGAAAACAAUUUUAAAACAAUACAUCUGUCAGUUUCAGUAAAACAUGUCAAAUAUGUUCUUCUUUCUCAGUUACUCAACAUGCAAAAUGUAAUCAUGUUUGUAAAUUUUCUUUUUUUGUACUUUUCUGUUUGUUUUCUGCUAAUUUCUGUAAAAGUCGUACAUUUCCUGUAACAUAGUCAAUAACCUGUUUAUGGACAGAGCACUUUUUUCUUAAUCUCAUGUUCUUGCAGACGCACUCAUGUAGCACUAGACAGUCCAGGAAAUUGGGAGAAUCCAACUGUGAAUAGAAACAUGUUGUGUGUUUGUUUUAAACUGAAAGUUUCUAUCUUUGUUAAUCUUUUUGGGAAUGAGGGGUUUAUUUUGCAUCGUUGGCUGAUCAGAUGAACCAUGUACCUGCAUUUAAAGCUGAGGAGUACAUUGUCUCGCUUUGGCAACUUAAAGUGCAGAAACAAAAGCAACUGCGCAAAUAACUUUUCCCUUUUUCUACAGAAUAAAACUUAGUGAGAGAUUGUAAAAAAAAAAGAGCCAUAUAAUGUUUUAAUGUGGGCACGAUCACAAUAUGUGGCAUUAGCCAGAUUGAAACCAUCCCCAUACAUUUGUUAUGAUGUGUACUUCUCUGUUUAAGGAACAUUCAGUGUGACAUCACCAUGCAUUGGCAGUUGUGUGUUUUUUACGACUUUACCGACCUCAUUUGACUUUGGUUGAAAUGACUACAUGCACACUGGCCACACAACAACAUACUGUGGGUUUUCUGUGUUCAUUUUUAAUGAAAUGUGAUUUAAAAUGUGCUUCUUAGGAUCUGUUGUAUGUCCUGGAACAAACAUUGGGUAGCAUCAAUAAUGUGCACUGUGCCAUAGAAAGGCUAAAUAAAUUACCUUAAAUAAACUUGAGAAAUUUG